AUGUGGUCGGCUGAUGGGAUUGCUGAGCUGUGUUACCGGCAUUAUCGGACCAGACUCCCGAAGCAGGGGAAACCGGACCCAAACAGGGAAUGGACUUCACUGGCAGCCGUUGUUAAAGUGGAGUCUGCCCCCCAGAGAGAGGUUCCUGCUAGUCCAGGGAAACUGCAGGUAACAAAGGAAGUGGUUGCUAUGGGAACUGGCACAAAAUGUAUUGGCCAAAACAAAAUGAGAAAAACUGGAGAUGUUCUGAAUGACAGUCAUGCUGAAAUUGUGGCCAAGAGGAGCUUCCAGAGGUAUCUUCUCCAUCAGAUGUGGCUGGCAGCUUCCCAUCAGCACUGCAGUAUCUUUAUUCCGGGAACUGAAACUGGGAAAUGGAAACUCAAACCAAAUAUCCUAUUUGUUUUCUUCUCCAGUCAUACCCCAUGUGGAGAUGCCUCUAUUAUUCCAGUUAGUGAACCAGAGAACCAGCUUUCUAAGCCAGUGUCUGAAGAUGAUUCAACUGGACAAUCUGCAGAGUGUACAAGUAACCAUGAUUGUUUGGGUCCAGAAGAUAAAAGGAAAUCGGAGGAAAUGACAAGUAAUCAUGUAGUCAAGAGAAUGAAAACUGACAGCGAUAGUUAUUUUUCUGUAAUCACUGAAGACCUGGCUGUUCAGCCAGUACCUGUGAAACAAGACGACACAAAUCCAAAGAGCUGUGUAUGUUCUGCAGAGAUGCAAACAGCUAAUAAGGAGACUGGCUUGGAGAGACUGAAGAUAGCGGAUGUUUAUAGAACUGGAGCGAAAUGUGUACCUGGAGAGCGGGGUGAUGCCCGAAUACCUGGGCUAGAGUAUCACUGUGUGGGAUUAUUACGAGUGAAGCCAGGUCGGGGGGACAGAACAUGCUCUAUGUCCUGCAGUGACAAAAUGGCUCGCUGGAAUGUAUUAGGGUGUCAAGGAGCUCUUCUGAUGCAUUUCCUGCAGUAUCCAUUGUAUCUGUCAGCACUCGUAGUAGGGAAGUGUCCAUAUAGCCAAGAAGCUAUGCGGAGAGCAAUUAUUGAAAGGUGUCAGCACAUCUCAUUCUUACCAGAUGGUUUUCUCGCUCAGGAGAUUAAGCUGCUGCAGUCAGAUCUUCAAUUUGAACACAGCCGUCAGGCAAUUCGGGAAGUUCAAACUAACAGCAAAACAAAACUUGUUCCUUGUAGCGCAGCUAUCAGUUGGAGUGCAGUCCCUGAACAGCCUCUAGAUGUCACCUCAGACGGCUUCCGGCAGGGAACAACAAAGAAGGCGAUUGGGAGCCCUCAGAGCAGAUCCAAGAUAUGUAAAGUGGAACUCUUCCAUACAUUCCAAAAGCUGGUGACAAGUAUUUUACAAGAGGACCUACCAGACACUCUCCGGAUGAAGACUCUAAAAACCUACUGGGACUACAAGAAAGCUGCAUUAAAUUACCAAGAAGCCUGGAAAGUGCUGCGUAGCCAAGCCCUGCCGGGUUGGGUCAAGAGUGCCGAGGAAUACCUGCACUUCACAUGAGAACACAUGCAGCUGUGUAAAUCCAGCCAUAAGCCCUGGUGCACAACGGAUACCUCUGCAGUUCAGGGGUCAGGAAAAGAUGUCCUCUAGCUCAUGCGCUGUAAGGAGAUAGGAGGGAAAGGGAAAACAAUUUAGAG